CUUAAAAAUAUGAGAUAUUCUUUCAUAAAUCUCACAAGUGUUAAUCCGCAACAGCGAUUUACCAAAAACAAAAGAGUGCAGCAACAUUCAAAUCUGAAUUCGUUUUCGGAUUCUCAUAAUGGAUCUCAACCCGCCUCCUGGUGAAAAUUAUGCCAACCCAAAAACAUGCUUCUUUCAUGUUCUCUUCAAGGCUGCAGCUUUGGCAUUUUACAUACUUUCUGCCCUAUUUUUUGAUAGCUUUGUCAUCAUUUUUGUGGUGACUGUUCUUCUUGGUGCUCUUGAUUUUUGGGUUGUCAAAAAUGUAAGUGGGCGUAUUUUAGUUGGUUUGAGGUGGUGGAAUGAAAUAAAUGAUUUGGGUGAGAGUGUAUGGAAAUUUGAAUGUCUUGACCAAGAGUCUAUGGCUCGAAUGAACAAGAAAGAUUCCUGGUUGUUCUGGUGGACUCUUUACCUUACAGCAGUUGCAUGGUUGGUGCUUGGUAUAUUCUCUCUGAUUAGGUUCCAAGCUGAUUAUCUCCUUGUUGUUGGAGUCUGUUUAGCUCUCAGCAUUGCGAAUAUCGUUGGCUUUACCAAAUGCAGAAAGGAUGCUAAAAAGCAGAUCCAGCAAUUUGCCACCCAGACCAUUGCCACUCGAUUCUCAUCUACCCUACAGUCAGCAUUCAGCGUUGUCUGAGUCAUUCAUUAUAGAAGAUUGGGGUAAGAUAAAGUGUGGUUGAGAAAAGAAGCAGCAUGAACAAUUUGGCCAGCACUGGAUUUUGAUCAGCUUAUCGUUGAACUUGUAUGGGAAAACAAAUUAGUAGAUGUUUUAUUUUGACCUGGUGGACUUCCAAUAUUUGUAUAAUGGAAUCACAGGAAAUUCGUUGAUAGAAUAGUAAGUUGUUGUUUUAGUCACAAUCUUUUCUAUAUUAAUAAAAUUAUGCGUAUCUAUUUUGAAUA